GCCGGAUUAAUCUGUGGUACUUGCCCUGCAAAUGACAACACCAGACCACGAUGCACCCGCAUUCAGCCCAUAAUUCCCAGUACUAAAAAGGUCAAAGGGCUGCCGUUCAAUAAGUAUUCGUGGCUGACGACUCACAAUUCGUUCGCUCGGACCGGGUCCAAUUCGGGUACCGGUUCUAUUCUUCUUGGUCCGGCCAAUCAGGAAGAUUCCGUCACCGAUCAGCUCAACAAUGGUGUUCGAGGCCUUAUGCUCGAUAUGUAUGACUUCAACAAUGACAUUUGGUUAUGUCAUUCAUUUAAUGGGCAGUGUCUCAAUGUAACCGCGUUUGAACCUGCUUCUAAUGUGCUGAAAGAAAUUCAAGUCUUUCUCGAGAAAAACCCUAGUGAAAUUGUCACCAUCUUCAUUGAGGACUAUGUGACUUCGCCACAAGGCUUGUCAAAAGUUUUCAAUGCAUCUGGGCUCAAUAAAUACUGGUUCCCGGUGGCUGAAAUGCCUAAAGCUGGUGAAGAUUGGCCUACAGUGGAUGAUAUGGUCCAGAAGAAUCAACGCUUGGUAGUAUUCACCUCUAAAUCAUCUAAGGAGGCUUCUGAAGGAAUCGCUUAUGAAUGGAAAUAUGUGGUGGAAAGUCAAUAUGGAAAUGAAGGGAUGAUAGCCGGUUCAUGUCCAAACCGUGCAGAAUCUUCUCCAAUGAGCACAUCAUCAAUUUCUCUGGUUCUUCAGAAUUAUUUUACUACAAAUCCCAAUGUUACACAAGCUUGUGUCGACAAUUCUGCACAGCUAAUCAGUAUGAUGAAAACUUGUCAUGAAGCAGCGGGCAAGCGAUGGCCAAAUUUCAUUGCAGUUGAUUUUUACCGGAGGAGCGACGGAGGGGGAGCCUCAGAAGCUGUUGAUGAAGCCAAUGGACAUUUGACCUGUGGCUGUGACAGCAUUGCCUAUUGCAAGGCAAAUGCAACAUUCGGCACAUGUGACGUCCCUGCAUUUUCUCCACCACCACCUGCAAGAUUUUCACCCACGGGAACGUCGUCAGAGCCCAGCAACAAUUCUUUGAUAAGCAAACCACUCGACCGUCAUUGGUUUCUUUUGAUUUUCUUAACUGUGGUUCUCCAGCUGUGGCAUUAAUUUCUACCUAUUUGGGUAAAGUUGCUUUCCCAUGCUAGUUAAUUCAUUUGUUUGUAUCUAAUAAUAAUGAGGGAUCAAAGAUGAUUAAGUUUUAAAAGAGUGAUAUUUUUUGUGAUUGAAUGUUAAUAAAGCACUGCGUGAAAGAUUUACCGGUGCCUACUUAUUUUACCUUGUAAUCUUCCAAUUGAGUUUUAUAGGAAUACAGAUUCAGUAAUAUCACUGCAA